UUUCUGAUGAUACUUUAUCAGCUUUAAAAAAACAAAAAACUUUCUCAACUUCAUCAUUAACAACAAUUGAUUCUUAUUAUACCUGUCCUUUACCUCAUGAAAAAAUUAAUUUAAUUCAUGAAUCAUUAGUUAAAUUUUUUAUUACUUGUGGUAUUUCUUUUCGUAUAGUUGAAAACAAAUAUUUUCAUGAUUUUUUGGGUCUUCUUAAUCUUAAUUUGACAUUAAUGUUUGAUGGUUGGACAACAAUUUUAAAUAAUUCAGUUUAUGCAUUUCUUGCUGUAACUAGUUAUAGAGAAAUUCAUGUAUUAGGUUUAGAAGAGUUUGAGAAUCAACAUCAUACUAGAGAAAAUAUUGCAGAUAUGGCUAUAGAAGUAAUUAAAAAAAUUAGAUUAGAUAUAGAGCAAUUUAAUAGAGAAAUAAGUGCUGAUAAAGAUCCUAGUAAAUUAGAAGAAAACUAUUAUAUUGAUGAUUGGGAUAAUGAUACUUCAACUUCUACAGAAUUAGAAAGUGAAUUAGAGAUUUUUUUUGAAGAAGAAAAAAUAGAACAUGAAGCUAUUGUAGAUUCAGCAUUAGAGUUUAUAAUUGAACAAUUAAUUGAUAUUAAUAAUCUAUUUUUUUCUAAUCAAACUAUAUCAAAUAAUUUUAUAGAUGAAAGCCUGGUUAUUGACAAAGACAAUAAUGAUAAUAAUUGGGACAUAGAUGAUUAUGGAUAA